AUGGACCGCGUAAGUGGUGUGUGUAGGUUCGGAGGAGUAGUGUCGGCCGUAAGAACUCGAACAGGUCGUAGUAAGAGACGAUUGACAGUUGGUCCCAGUCAGGCAACAGAAGAUAUGCCUGAAGCCCCCAGGAGGGGACUUGGGGCUGUUCUGGUUCUCGCCUGCAUACUGGUAUACCACAACUGCCUUUACUGCGGCUUCGUCUUCGAUGAUAUUAGUGCCAUAAAGGAGAACAGGGACUUAAGACCACAGACCCCUAUCUCAAAUAUCUUCCUGAAUGACUUUUGGGGGACUCCUAUUCAUAAGGUGAGGAUUUAUGAU